CGCGUUUGGAUGAUGCGCGUGCACGCAGAGGCAAAGAGGAAGUUAGUGUGUGCGUGUUGCAGUUGUCACACACCCUUGAACGUGAAGUGCCGCUGCUGUGACUCAUGAAGAAGAGAGGCGAUCUUUGCGGGCAGGUGGACUUGAUUUUCAUUUUCUUCUUCACGCCAAUUGUUGCUUUGCUUGCGCGUACGUGAGAAGAAAAGGGACGAAAAUGCGGGCGGACGCGUUGAAAGAAGAAGUUGUGAAGAUCCUCAAUGAGGCCCCAAACUCCAGGAAGCUUCUUCUGGAAAACUACGACAACUUCAUGAACGUCGCAGACUACUGCUGCAACAACUACAUACAGUCGGGGGGCGGGGCUGCCGAAGCUUUGGAGGAGACCAAGACGCUGACCGCCCAAUCGCUGGCCAGCAUCGCCUACCGGAUUAGCACGCUGGCCACUAGUGUGCUAAGCCUGCUGGACGCGCAGACCAAUCAGCUUCGCCACAUGGAGUCGUCCAUCAACCUCAUUGGGCAGACGCUGGCGAUGCACCGCGAGAAAGUUUCACGCCGAGAAAUCGGCGUCUUCACGGCGGUGCGACGCGUCCCCCGCGGACCCAAGAUCCUGACCGCGCCCGCGCAGCCCCGCCCGCCUUACAGCCGCCGUCCAAUCAGCUAUCAGCAGCUGGACGGCUUGGGUCACGGCCUGAAGCUGACCGGGAAAGAGCGCGAGGGAGCCGGAAGCAUCCGGAAGCCGGCCUCAUCCAUCAGGUCCAGCUGCAAACCCGCAGCAGAAGGCCUCAAGUGUGCAGUGACGCCCUCUGGUGGCAGCUCCACAUUUGGGAAGCCUGUGGCUCCGCCCACCAUCCCGUUUGAAAGAGAUGUCCUCGUCGCCACACCCCUUGAUAAUGCCCCGCCCCCUCCACUCGACUCCUCUGCUCCACCUCCUCCGCCUGACUAUGUGAUGACCCCGGCUCCGCCUCUUCCUCCAUCAGAGACUCAGCCCACCGCCAUUUUUCUUCCACUGACGCCGCCCCCAUGUCUCGAGACAGUGCUGGAGGAGAGCAGCCUCCCCCUGCCGUCCCCUCCUGCCCCCGACAGUGACCACGCCUUUCCGCUGCCGUCCAAUGAGGAGCCAGAGCUUCCGGCCCCUCCUCCGGCAAUCCAGGAAGUAGACGCCGACCUCCCGACCCGAAGGAGCGGCGGCGGCGGCGCUGUCCGGCCCCCCCCGGCUCGCUCUGUGUCACUGAGGGUCCGCUCGGGCCCCGCCUCCCGCUGCCGCCAAGCUCGCUCUCUCUUCCUGCCGGCCGUCCAAUCACUGAUGAUCCCCCCGCCCCCUCCUUACCCUCCCCCGUGCGCCCCCCCUCAACCUCCGCACGCCGCCGCCGCCGCCGCCUCCUCCUCUUGCUCGCAUCGGCUCAGCCUGCCUGCUCGUCUGGAGCACCUGGAUCUGGAGCUCCCGGCCCUCCUUCCGCCGCCGCCGCCGCCGCCGCCAUUAGACAGCCGGGCCGCUUCGGAUGACGUCACAGCGGCGGAGGAGCUCAGUGGCCCCCCCCCGCGUUACCUGGAGAAAGUGGCGGCGCUGUAUCGCUACGAGGCCGCCGAGCCCGGCGACCUGUCCUUGGCCGAGGGCGACGUUUACGUGACUCAUCGCCAUGACGACGGCUGGUCGGAGGGCGUCCUGCGCGGCCGGCGAGGGUUUUUCCCCAACAAUUACGUCCGAUCCUGUGGCUGGACUCGAGCUGCAUCGCCCCUGUAGACAUCCAAUGCAAAUAGACUCUUGCAUGUGGUAUGUCAGUGUGUCCGCCAUUUUGAAUGGGCUAAAGCUGUCCCCUGAACUCUGAAUUUUAGAAACGUACUGCAAAUGUGUACAAACGUAACGCUGCCUCACGGUCACACAGGAAUAAUAGAUUUGAAAAACAAAGACCCCAAAAACAAGGCAUGUCGCUUUUUUUAAUCCACCCAUCCAUUUUGCGUACUGCUUUAUCCUCCGAUGAUUAUAAAUGAUUAAAGUGCA